AUGGGCGUAAUACGCCUUAGCUUUGCUACUGUAACUGCCUUAGCUUUCCUCUUGUUCGCCUCUGCGUCAGCUGUUACUCUCAACCCAACUCGGCAACUCGGUGGGGAAGUGAAAGAGGAGAGAGAAGAAGUGAUGACUCAGAGGAGACUCAGCGGGGGACCAGGAUCGUCACCGCCCAAUUGUAGAUCAAAGUGUGGGAGGUGUAAGCCAUGUGAGGCGGUUCACGUGGCGAUUAAACCGGGUUUGAUAAAGAUGCCAUUAGAGUACUACCCAGAAGCUUGGAGAUGCAAGUGUGGCAACAAGCUUUUUAUGCCUUAG